GUAGAAUUUCCCCGCUGUGACUCGGCAGCCAUUUUAAUUUGAUUUCACUUUAGCCACUGAACAUAGUGGACCAAUUGGUGCAAGCUAAUACUUGGAGACGGAGGCUAGGAUAAAGCGGAGGCAUCUUCAAUGCUUAUGUAGUUAAGCAGUUGGUUUAUGCCAUGAAUUGUGAAGAGGAGGUUCCUCAAAAGGCGGUUCACUCCUGGUCCAGAAUCGCCUCAGCCGGGCAAACUGCUCUGGCGGAGGCCCUGAGGGUUUUCAACCCGAUGUCGAAGGACCUGUCGGACACCGAGAUGCAGCUCGUGUCCUUUCUACAGGGCCUCAAAGACGAAGGUCACAAACCAGUUGUGCUCAAGAGCAAAGACGUGUACGGUUAUAAAUCUUGCACAACAGAACCCCUGCCGGCCGAGAAGAUCGACAGACCUCCGUCUGACGUCGGCAGCAAAGUCUCCAAGGUUCAGAAAGCCUCCAGGCGAAGAGGGCGGAAGGCCCUCUCUAAGAAGAAGGAGAUCGACUACACGCUGUUGAGCGCCACGGCUAAAAUGAUUGUGAAGAAUCAGCCCAAGAUAAUGUUGACUAACCUCUCGCACGAGUCUCUCAAGCAGGCGGUGCUCGCCAAGCCUCCCCUGUACGCGGUUAGGCCCGUCCACGUGCAGCCGUGCUUGAAACUGGCGAACAUCACGGGCGCCUCCGGGGGCCACACCGCCAGACUGCAGAUCCGGUCCGAUAAGGGGCCGAACUCGCACCGUCCGGUGACGUUGUCGGGGAUACCGGUCCCGCCCUUGGAGACCGCCGGUAAGACUCCGAGAGCGGUCGUGUCCGGGGGCGUGCGACCGGUUUCCUGUCCCGUCAAAGUGGGCGUGGCGCUGAUCGGGGACCUCGCCCCGGCGCUGUGUCACAACGGCCGGCUCCUGAACGAGAGCGGGAGCUACAAAAUGGUCCCCUUCAGUAUGGGCCAGGUGGGCGACGAACUGGACUGGAGGGCCAAGGACGCGGUCAGGGUGCUGAGCUGCCAGAAAGACCGGGAUGUGUCCCGGUCGGUGUGGGUCGUGGAAGGCCCGGAAGACUCUAAACUUAACGAGAACAACUUGAGGUUGAAGGUGAUCAAGGUAGAUGACUCCAUCACUGAUGAGGAGGUCAGGAGGAAAGCUCAGAAGAUCCUCCAAGUUAAUUUGUCUCCUGUGAUUCAGAUUCAGCCACUCAUUGCUUACCCAGUAUGAACCGCAGUUAUUUACGAGAAUCGCCCAGUUGACAUUUAUCGAUGAAAUUUUAAAUGAAGGCAUUGCUGAGCCCUGACUAUGAUUUUUGGAUUAUAUUUUAAGGGAACGUGAGUGUCAUAUUACAAUUAUUAUUUUAGGUGAAGGAACUUAAUUUUUCCCCAGAUGUACAAAAUUUAAAGGCCGUUGCAUUUUCACCAGAUGCUGUUUGGAUAUGCUGCUUUUCAUUCAGUAUAUUUAAGUAUGAUGCAAAAUUUUGUAAGCAUAAAUGCCCUGUUUUAAUAUCAUAUAUUUUGGUCAAAAAAGAUGAUAAUCGCAAAGCCAUGUCAUAUUACUAUGCAGUAUCCAUAGAUUUUUGUAAGGCAAAUUUCUUUUUCUACUUGGUUGAAGUUCUAACCAAAAUUUCUGAUGUGCAUUUAAUGUUUAGGUUAAAUUCCCAGCAGUUUUUUUUUACCCCUUGUUCAAAUGGGUUUGCCUUCCUGCUUUUUGUUGGAAAUAGAUUUUCAUUGAGGACAGUAAUGGGUAAACUUUGUUCUGGAUAAACAAGGCUGUGCACUUUGUAUUUGAACUUUUCUGCAUAUUCAGUUUCCCUAACAAAUUAAUGAAACCUGUUCAGCUUAAUGUUGGCCCAUUUAUCAUCUUUCUUUUUUUUUGGUGUGGAGCAGAGCUUAAGGCCUUAUUUUGUACAGAAAGUGAAUUUAUUUGUACCAAGAUGAAAUGGCUGAAAACUUUUAAAUGUAUCCAGGGUUGGAGUGCAAGGCAAUUUGACCUAUAAAAAUCUCUGGACGUAUUGUCUGGUACUAUUCCUCUCAGAGCUCAGAAUCAAAACUCCAGUUUUUAUUAAUUUAAUUUAAUUUAAUUUAUGUGUGUCUUUAAACCUGUUGCCGCUUCUUGAUUCACAUUUGCUUUUUGACAUGUUAUUACCAAAGUGAUUAACAGCACAACAUAUAUUUUUUUUUAUGAAGGAAUUUGGCAAAAAUUUUAAAUAACGUGGAAUAACGUGUGAUCUACUCCUGAAAACAAGCCCAUUUGCAUCUCUCCUGGUGCUGGAAUUGAAUUAUUUCACUCUUCAUGUCAUGACUUUGUAUGAAAUAACAAAAUGAAUGUUGCCAAUGUAAAUUGCUUUACUAUCUUAAUUGCCUUUAAAAUUUAUUUUGCUUAGAUGCUCAGAUAAUUCACUUUUAUUGUGGAAAAACUGCUGGGUGCUAAAGGGUUGGCUUGAAGACUUGGAUUUAAUUAGAGGCCCCUAGUUAGGUUGGUAUUCCGAGGUGUGCAUUGUAGAGUUAGACCAAGUUUGAAACACAAUGUUUGACUAAAUAUACAUUCACAGAUUUUGUCUUCAUAAAGUUUUAUCAGUUAUGCCAAUUUGUAUAGCACAACAUCUUGGUGGUUAUUUGAGAUGUAUUGAAAUAAAAAUUUAAAACUGAAACCAGUAGCUUUUUUUUCUUCUAAGACGAUUUCAGAUUGUGUUCUUCCCUAAUUUGGAAUUCCCAAUUGCCGGUAUAAAACCAUUAUUUUAAGGUACUGCUUACUUUUCAUUUUACUUCCCUGGCAAAGCUGUCCAGCUAUUGCACUGGACAGCCAUACAUUAUUUGCAACCAGGAAUGCGCCUAGUUAUCUAGACAAGUUGCUGUUACGUGAUGAGAAUGCUCUAUCGACCAAAGCCCUCCCUCCCUGGGCAAUUCUCUGGCCCGUUGCGUGUCUGCACACUAGCCAGAGUCCGUACAGGAAUGGUCAGGAUUAAAUCACAAACUGGGACGCAUAACUUCACUGCAUAACUAGUGCUUUAGUUGAAAAUGACACCAGAAAAGUGCUUUUACAUUUACAUUUACAUUUUAGUCAUUUGGCAGACGCUUUUAAUCCAAAGCGAUUUACAAGUGCAUAGGAUUAUCUAUGAAAAGUUCAUCUCUUCCAGAUUGUCUUGACAGUUAAUGGGUGCAAAUGUUUUACUGGGGUUUCACAUUGGUUUAUAGUAGUCUACAUUUUUAUAAGAUAUAGAAAUAGUUUUUUUUUUUUUGUACAAACGUAAUUUUCUAAUGCAAUUGGUUCUGUGAACAAUGUCGAGAUCUGUUGAAAAAGCUGUGCUGUCAGUGUUGUAUAUUUGGUCUAACUGUUAAGAAUGGUGAAAUAAACCUUUGUUAAAAUUUCUUUUCUUUUCUGGAGGGGACUUUCCAGAAGAGCUCUUUCCAGAAAUUGGUGGAGGAUGAAUUUCUGUUUUGUAGGACCCCAAAAUGACCUGUUGAUUUCAUUUUUUAAAUUUUUUUUUUUAUGCAGUUGAUUGAGCAUUACAUGAACAUGAUUUAAUAUGUUCUGAUAUGCUAUCAUUUUAUAUUGUAUGAAAAAAUUGAACAGAACAAAUGUUUAAAUGCUAUUUAGGGUGAUUGAGGAAAAUAAAAGUAUUUAUUGCCUCGUU